CUGGAUCGGACGAACCACAGCAUACUGACACGAAUAAAUAUCUGGCGAGUUGCCCGACGUGUGUUCGACGCCCCUCUCUGCUCCGAUCUUCUGAUCUUCUCUGUUCGCAUAUCAUUUCUCGCGCUGCUAAAAUCGCCCAUAACGCAACAGGCGUCGAUACACCGCUCGCAUCUUUAACAUCUACAACUUCACUUGUCAACUUACCCCGGUUUGUCGAGCGAAGAUGAUCUUGGCUGAUGUCUUCUUCUUCAUCCUCCGCAUUGCGGAGCUGGCGUUCGCCGGUAUCGUCGCCGGAAUCAACGGCGACUAUCUCCGCAGCGUCCACAACGCCGACAGCUGGUACCAAGGCCGAUUCAUCUACACCGAAGUGGUAGCUGGUAUCUCCCUCUUCUUCGCACUCGUCUGGCUCUUCCCGUUCGCCGCUUUCCUGCACUGGCCCAUCGACCUCCUCAUCUCUAUCUGCUGGUUCGUAGCCUUCGGCCUGCUGGUUAACUUCCUGGGCGGCUCGUGCGGAUACGUUUUCAAUUGGGACAAUCUCUCGUUCCACCGCGACAACCAGUGCGGGAAGUGGAAGGCCGUCAUCGCAUUCUCGUUUCUCUCGGCCAUCUGCUGGUUCGUGUCGGCCAUCAUCGGGAUCUUCUGGGUCCGCGAUCGCGAGGCCCAGGUCUACCGCCGCCGAUUCCGGGCCAACCCUCGCGUCUGAUUCCGACGAGGGAGACCCGCCGGGAUUACUUCCCUCUGUGGACAGAUCGGACCUUACCUAUAGCAACGGCCGAUGCUUGCCGCCCGUCCCCGGCGCGUCUCCGAGAU